AGACGGCAUUAAAUCAAACUGAAAUAAAAUAAUUCGUAAAUCCCGGCAGAUCAGGUCAAUAUAAGCCUUGCAGUUCUUCCUCUCUCCCUCAUGCAAGUGUGUGAUGUGUAUAUAUAUAUAUAUAUAUAUAUGUAUAUACACUCAACAUAGUGUGCAUAGUACGACGCUAAUUUGUUCAAAACUCGUUCUUUACUAAAAAUUUUCUUGGAUCGAAGUCCAAGAAUGGGCUUCGUCUUCAAAACGCUGUUUCUCUCACUACUUUUCUUGUUUUCACGCCAAGCACAUGCUGACUUAAAUGCCACCAGCUCCACCGGCGGAAAACUCGUCGGAGCUGCAGGCGGCUGCAAUAUUUUCCGAGGCAAAUGGGUUUUUGAUGCCUCUUAUCCUCUAUAUGAUUUCUCAACUUGUCCUUUCAUAGAGGAUGAAUUCAACUGUGGUAAGUACAAAAGACCUGAUAAAAUGUACCUCAAAUACAGAUGGCAGCCCUUCUCAUGUAACUUACCAAGGUUUAAUGGGGUGAAAUUUUUGGAGAAAUGGAGAGGGAAGAAGAUCAUGUUUGUGGGUGACUCACUCAGUUUGAACAUGUGGCAAUCACUGAGUUGCAUGAUUCAUUCAUGGAUUCCAAAGGCGAGGACUACACUUAUAAGAAGAGAGGGAAUUGUCGCACUUGUAUUCUUGGAUUAUGGAAUGAAAUUGUUAUUAUAUAGCACGCCGUACCUCGUGGACUUGGAGAGCCAACAGGCAGGUCGGGUUCUCAAGCUCGACUCAAUCCGAAAUGGAGAUGCAUGGAGAGGAAUGGAUAUGUUGAUUUUCAACUCAUGGCAUUGGUGGACUCACACCGGAAGAUCUAAACCAUGGGAUUACAUGGAAGAGGGUGGCAAAUUGUACAAAGAUAUGAACCGUCUGAUUGCUUACUAUAAAGGGUUGAACACAUGGGCAAGAUGGAUCGAUAGAAAUAUUGAUCCUUCAAAAACCAAAGUGUUUUUCCAAGGAAUUUCCCCCACACAUUACGAGGGCAAGGAUUGGCGUGAGCCAUCAAAAUCAUGUAGUCGAGAGAUACAACCAUUCUUUGGCCUGAAAUACCCAGCCUCCAUACCCUCGUCUGCCGUUGUUGUAAACAAAGUGCUACGUAGAAUCAAGAAACCAGUAUAUCUACUCGACAUCACAUUACUCUCACAAUAUCGAAAGGAUGCACAUCCAACGUACUACAGCUUGCAAAAAGGGCUCGAUUGCAGCCAUUGGUGCCUUCCUGGCUUACCAGAUACUUGGAACGAGCUUCUCUAUGCAGCUCUCUUUGCUGAAGAUCGGUGAUAGAAGAUUAGAGCCAAAAAUUUACUUAUUGCAAGAAAAAGAUGGUGAUUGAAUUGUACUACUGAUUAUUUUUGGCAUGAAAGAGCUGCCUGAAUUAAUUAAUUGACCGCAGGUUCUGACGGUAAUAUUGUAGUAAGCUGGUUCUAAUGUAAAGCAUUGGUCAGUUCUCAAUAAACGAAAUCGAUCCUUGUUUUGAUUCA